GAUCGACGUCAUAUUACGAAAUGGGCCAUGAAGGAGGCUCGAAAGAAAAAUAUUAACGAAAUUGACCGUCUUUUGAUAAUCUUCAAAGAGGUCGUAACUAGUGAUCCGUACUUGAACGCGCUUUCGAUUUCCAUGUUUAACGAAGUACCGAACGUUCCCCCCUAUAACACUGAUCCCAACGGCCAGCCUAAAGUGAAAAGCUUCGAUGACAUGCUCUUAGCCAUCGAUACGAUCAUGACGACUGCACCUCCCUGGUCGGACGCGGCCGAACUCAGCGGCCUUAUCGGCUUUCCAAUCAAUGCUAUACUUGAUUGGCCAAUGGCAACUGCUUCUGGCUUCGCAUUUUUCCUGGAACCUAAAGUCAACGGCUGUCUCAAAGAUAUUCUAACUGAAUGGAGCAAGUUCCUUCAGAGCAAAGAUUCCAGCUCAGUCCUCCCUGGCUGGCUUGGAGCCGACGGACUCAACGCCUUGACCGCAAAGGGCAACCAGAACGGACUUUCUCCAGCUGGUACGUAUACUUUCACGGAACUCUACGUUUGUCCUAAUCCAAACGACAAGAACACUCUCGGCUUCGAGUCAUGGGACGCUUUCUUUACCCGCGAAUUUCAGGACGGAAUGCGACCCCUUGGCGAAGCGGAUAUCGUCCAUGCUUGCGAAUCUGCUCCGCUUCAAUACCCGGUUAGCAAUGUCCAGCUCACAGAUAACUUCAUGGGCAAGAAACAGGCCUAUUCGCUCCAAAACAUGCUUGAUAAUGACCCCUUAGCUGAGCAGUUCGUUGGUGGUACAGUAUACCAAGCCUUCCUCUCAGCUCUCGGCUACCACAGAUGGGUUUGCCCUGUCGAUGGUAAAAUCCAUAAAGUCACUCAUGUGUCGGGAACGUACUACUCGGAGAAUAUGUUUCAAGGCUUCUUUGGCGGAAAUCCCGACGGGGCCGCUCCGAACAACUCGCAACCUUACAUAGCUUCUUUGGCGACUCGAGCGCUGAUAUUCAUUAAGGCUAAAGAUCAUAUCGGCCUUAUGUGCUUCAUCGCGAUCGGGAUGGCCGAAGUUUCCUCUUGCGAAGUGUUUGUCAAAGAGGGACAGCUUGUCAAAAAAGGUGAGCCGCUGGGCACGUUCCAUUUUGGUGGCUCCAGCCAUUGUUUGGUAUUCGGUCCAAAUGUAAAGCUGAAUUGGAUUGGCCUUCCGUCUAAGGAUAGCACACUCUGGCAAGACAUGAACAAUUACCACGUCAAAAGCGGGCUUGCUACUGUAAGUUCAUCGGAGAAGCACUAA